AUGUUCUUCCAACGUGUCGACCUCACCACCGCCCUCCGCCCGUCUCUGCUACCAGAUGAAAGCCUGCUCUUCGUCCAGGACGCCGUCGGGCUGUAUGAAGGGAAAUACAAAAUACCCAACUACCAGUGUGGCCAUGCCUACCUGACCUCUCAUCGGAUAUGCUAUGUCGACGUCGAGGACCGCCAGUGUUCCGUCGCCAUCGACCUGAAAGAUGUAGACCGCAUCGAGUUUCAGGCGAGGUUUUUGAGGUCUUCGCCCAAGAUCAGUGUGCUGCCGAAGAAACGGCGUGCUCGACAGGGCAUCUCGUCUGCACCGCACUCGUCGCCUCUGAGGGUGUCUUCGCCGGCAAGGACAGGCAGCAUCGGUGGCAUCGGCAGCAUCACCAGCGAUGGCAGGACGGCGACGUGGGUGUGUCCGAUAUGCUCGUUCUCCAACCCGGUGCCGUCCAACUUUGACCCGUCUGCGACUGCGACGGCCAUCCCGCCGUGUCUGGCGUGUGGCAUCAAGCCGCCUCUCACCACCGUCUUGAAAGCCGCCAUCGCAUCCGCAAGGCCUCCUCCGACACCUGUAUCUACAUCUACACCUAUAUCUGCAUCUACACCUACGACGUCUACGACGUCUACGGGGGAGGCCUGCCCGAGAUGCACGUUUGUUAACCACCCGUCCCUCCAGGAAUGCGAGAUAUGCGGUGCAGGACUGCAAGCGUCGAGCCGCGGCAGAAGCCUCUCGCCAGGCCGGGCAGGCUCUCCGGCACCCUUCCUCACCUCGUCGAGACAGCUGGAGAACACCGAGAUAGUCGAGUGCAUCAAGCUCUCGUUCCGAGCAGGCGGGGAGCGAGCGUUCCACGAGCGACUGAAGGGGGCACUCAUCCAGCGCAAGUGGAUUCUGCAGGACGCUCCCCCCAUCCCCAAGUCGUUCAAGCCGUCGGCCGGAGACAGGCUGGAGGGCGGCGGCGGUGACACGACACUAUCCACGGCACGAUCCACGGCCGUUGGGAUUGCCGGUCUGGAGCGACGAGGGCUGGAGACGAGAAAGAACAAUGAGGCGGUGAUAGGCGGCGCCUUUGAGGACCUGGAAGCGCUGAUGGCCUCCGCCAAAGAAGUAGUCGCCCUGGCUGAAUCCUUCUCGCGCGCCGAGGAACAGGACGAGUCGCAGUCACAGUCUGCCGUCCAGUCCGCCGCGGCGCUGGGCAUGGUCACGACCAAGGACAUGCUCGGCUCAACCUCGAGCCUGUACAUCUCCGAGCUCUCGCGCAACCUGGCCGAGUACCUCACCGACGAGCGGCAGGCCAUCCUGCCCCAAGCCGGCGGCAUCAUGAGCCUCAUCGACCUGUGGGCGGUCUUCAACCGUGCCCGCAACGGGGUCGAGCUGGUCAGUCCCACGGACUUCUUCGCCGCGGCCGAGCAGUGGGAGAAGCUGAGGCUGCCGGUCCGUCUGCGCCGGUUCAAGAGCGGCCUGCUGGUGGUGCAGCGGCACGACUGGACGGACGAGCAGACGCUCCGCCAGCUAGAGGCCUGGUUCGAGGAGCUACGGCGCGUCGCACCCGAGAGCGAGGUGGCCUGGGACUGGCGAGCGUACGGACGGGGGGUGACUGCGUACGAGGCCGGGCAGCGCUUUGGCUGGAGCGUCGGCGUCGCGAGCGAGGAGCUGGAGAUGGCGGAGGACCGGGGCUUGCUCUGUCGCGAGCAGGGCAUCGAGGGCCUCCGCUUCUGGUAUAACCAUCUCCAUCCAUAA